AUGGCUGACUCUGACGACAAACCCAACUCCAUCGACAGACCACAUCUCUUCGCGCACAUCUAUGCCACUCAUGCCGCCAAAGUCAUCGAAGAGUACAUCGCAACAGACAAUAGGGAUAAGAUCAGUCGCGUCAAAAUCGAGCUUGAUAUCAUCCGCGUGAUCAAUGAGGAUCCAGAUCUGCCAACGAAGCACAAGGUGUCUUGUACAAGCAUGAUUCUGCACACAGAUACCUUUGAACCCUUCUGGGGCGAUCAGAGGCUAGCAUAUAGCCUACCUGCAAAAUCGCUCAAGAGAUUGAAGUCAAAUUACAGACUCAUUGAUCAGCUUCCAUGUCCCCCUGACGAUGAGGAAUCAACCGCGGCUUCAGCUCCGGAGAACUUGACGGAUAAAAACGGCACUUCCCGUCAGAAGUCAAAGGCAGAAGGAGCAGCAGCAACGAAUAAAGGAAAAGGGAAACGUGGACCCCGAGCUGCGCCUGCCAAAGUAACUGGGAAACAGACAAAGAAGGCUGCAACAACAGCCGCAACCAGGAAAAGGCCAACAGUCGCUCAAAAGGCACCAAAAACACCCAAAUCUACCGCAGGCAAUCGCAAGCGAAACACCGCAAAUGGGGUUGAGGGUGCCAGCACAACUGUCCCAGCAACAGCUGCUCCUCCUCCUCUUCGUCACGCAAUGACCCCUCGUGAAGCGUACGAGGCGUGUAUGGCUGUCAAAGAUGGUAUACAUCUGCGUGGCCCUACGAGCGACGAAGAGGAGACCACGACUGAUGACGACGAUAGUGACAGUGAUUAA